AUGUCCAAAGUUGCAGAAAAAAGACCAGAACUUUCAGGAAAAAACUUUCUGGAAGAUGUAACCACAGUGGUGGUAUGUAAACUCAAACUUUUACCCUUAAAAUCUCUGACUCUGGUAAAACUAGAGAAAAUGCACCAAGCAGCACAGGAUAUGUUUUGCCAACAAGAAAAGGCAGAAAAGGAACAAUGGCAAAUAACCCACUGGAUGAUAACUUAG